GCGCUACCAACGAACUUCGUUUGAUUCUGUUUCUGUAGUAUAUGGCUGUUUUGUAUGAAAUCGUGUGAUUUGUGGUAUGGUAAAAAACUGUUGCUAUUUAAGAUUAAUUCUUAUUUAGUUAUUAAAUUUUAAACGUUCGAGCCAUCAAUUUCACGCAGUUUACUUUCACUCCCGCGAAUAUUAUUGAUAAUACGUAAAGAUGUCGGACCGAAAGGCUGUUAUUAAAAAUGCAGAUAUGUCAGAAGAAAUGCAGCAAGAUGCCGUCGAUUGUGCCACUCAAGCUUUAGAAAAAUACAACAUAGAGAAAGAUAUUGCUGCAUACAUUAAAAAAGAAUUUGAUAAAAAGUAUAACCCAACAUGGCAUUGCAUAGUUGGUCGUAAUUUUGGAAGCUACGUCACACAUGAGACAAGACACUUUAUAUAUUUUUACUUAGGACAAGUGGCAAUUUUAUUAUUCAAGAGCGGUUGAAUGAGAAGAGACGAAAUCCAUGUUUCUUUUAAUUUAAAUUCAAAAGCCUUCUUCAUCGAUAAGAAUGCUGAUUACUUUAUGAUUAUUGUUUACCAAAAUGGUUCUUGUUAUGUUUAUAUUGUUUCAUAGAGUGUAACAUUCCUUCUUUUACUAUGUAUGUUAAUUUUUUUGUACACCUUUCUAAACUUCACAUCAGUGACAAGAGAAAUUUUGUAAUAUUGUUUCUUAAUGACGCAUUGAACCACGAGUUAUUUUACUAUAACUUUUUUGUUUAUGUUUGAACUUAUUUUAAUGAAAGUUUUUAAUUUUAAGCUCAGUCAUCAAGUACUUACUUUCCUUGAAAAUGUAGUCACUAAAAUUAAAAUAUAAAAUCGAUUUUAAAACCAGUGGGUUUGAAUAAGUUUAUUUUAAAAGUCGUUCUGUAUUAUUGAAAAUGAAGUUACUGUUACGAAUAUAAGAUUUAGCAACAGUAUUAAAUUUAAUUUUACGAAAUCUUUUUUAGUUUGAAUCGGCCAUACUUCAACUUGUUUUUUUAAAUCUUUUCUCUGUGUUUAGUAUAAGGCUGUUAUUCAUUUUUUUUCUUAUGUUUGAAGACAAUUUUUAUGCUAAUAUUUCACCUGAACUAAUAGUGUUAUCUGAAUGGUACGAAAGUUCACAUCGGUGUAAUCCUUUUAAACAGUUUAUCGCUUUACUUAAAAUAAAUGUUCGAUUGAUUAAAAAAAAUAAUUUUUUAAACAAAUAAAGUGUACGAUGUUUUAA